AACCAGAGCCAGGGGGCUUCUCCGGGGAGAAGGGCUUCCGUGGGGGGGUCCGCCGCCGCGCGGCAUGAAGAGGCGUCGAAAGAAGGCGCGCCGGGCGGUGAGAAGGCGCCGCCACGCCGGCGGCCCGGGCGCCGCUGACCAGCCGCGGGCUGCCCGGCGGGGGUUACCGCACGGCCGCGAGGCGCUGCGCGACCCCGAGUGGGUGCCCCGGGACGGGCUCAUCAUCAUCGGCAGGAGGAUGGAGCUGCAGGGCCGCAGGCACCCCAAGGCCAGCCUGUGGGACCUGAGGCCGGAGCCGGGGGAGUGGAGGCUGGACGUGGACGGAGACAGGGCGGGGCCCGCGCUGCGGGUGUCCGACGCGGAGGCCCCGUCCCCGGCCGCGAGCGCGGGCCUCGGCAGCCCACAGGGGGACCCCGCGGCGCCGACGCGGGCGGCCCGGGAGGCCGAGAAGGACCGGGCCCGGCUCCACGGCCAGAGCCCCGCGGAGGGCUGGCGGGCCCGACGCCAGCUGCUGGGCCCCAGCAAGGAGGACCUGAGCGCGGGCAGCGAGAGGCUGAGGCCGAGCGCAGAGAGGAUCAGCAGAGAGAGGCUGAGCGGGGAGAUGCUGAGUCUGAGUGGAGAGAAACUGAGGCUGAGCGAAGAGAGGCCCGGGAGGGAGCGGUGGGGGGUGGAGAAGAGGAGGAGUGGAGAACGGCGAGGCUCCAGUGCCGAGACGCGGGGCUCGGUGGAGGAGAGCCUGAGAUCCAGUAUGGAGGGGCGGAGAUCCAGCCCCGGGUCCCGGAGAUCCAGCACGCACCGGCGGAGAUCCAGUGCAGGGGGGCAAAGACCCAGCCUGGAGGAGCGGAGAUCCAGCACCGCCGGGGGGAGACCCGGCACGGAGAGCCGGAGAACCAGCAUGGCGAGCCGGAGAUCCAGCGUGGCGUGGCCGAGACCCGGCCCGGAGAGCCGGAAAUCCAGCGUGGCGGGGCCGAGACCCGGCCCGGAGAGCCGGAGAUCCAGCGUGGCGGGGCCGAGACCCGGCCCGGAGAGCCGGAGAUCCAGCAUGGCGAGCCGCAAAUCCAGCGUGGCGGGACGGAGACCCACCGUGGUGGAGCCCAAGCCCAGCAGGGAGAGGCGGAGAUCCAGCGUGGGGGAGCCGAGACCCGGCAUGGAGAGGCGGAGAUCCAUCUCAGAGAAGCAGAGAUCCACCGGCGAGAGGCGGCGAUCCAGCACGGAGACUCCGGAGACCAGUGGGAAGACUUUUCAAGAGUCAGAAGUGAAGGGUGGGAACGCAGAGUUGGAGGGAGACACGGAGGUGCCGUCAGAAGGGCUUAGCGAGCCCGAUACACUCCGGGGAGGAGCAGUUGAGGAAGACGAGGGCGAGAUAGAACGAGAGAUUAUGGAGAACGAGGAGGAAGACUUGCCUGAAGAGGAAGAUAUUGAUGAUGAAGCCAAUGAUGGAGAAAAUGGAGAGACGGAAGCCCAAGAAGGAUAGAGCAGUUGGGAAGGGAAGUAGGAAAAGUCCACGGGGAGCCAAACAACAUCGUUACUGACCCCGAAGGAGCAAAUCCAAGACAGGAAAGAGGAGUUAGAGAAAGGAACAUGGAGAAGAAGAUGAGGUGGGGCCGGAGGGUGGGAGGCCAGGUCCAAAGGCAGUGAGUCCAAGAGCAGGAAAUGGGAACCUGCUGAGGCGGGAAAAAAAAAGGUUUAAGAACAUGUUGAUGGUUAGAAGCGACUCGCCUACUGGUUUCUUUGAGAACAUCAAGAAGCAGCAGCAGCAAUUGGGGAAAAGUUAGAGAAAUGCCUUUGGGAUGCGCCCCAAGGUCUCGGCUCACACCCCGUUGGAUCCUUGAAAUGUAGGAGAAAGUGUCGCAAGACAAGGGCAAACCAGGCCAAGGGGUAGGUGGGGAAGGGUGCAGAAGAUGAUGUGGGCUGAGACACGGCAAUUUUGUGAAAGUGGGUCCUGAAGAAGAACCACAGUUUCCAGAGUGACAAAAGAGAAGACAAUAAAUGAAAGGACAAAGUCUGCGCCCCUGAGAUCCUCCACUUCCGGCCUGCUGGUGACUCCAAACACGCUCAUCACCCCUGGGGACCCAGGCUGCUUCCAGUCAGUGGGUCUCUCCCAAAGACUGCACCCCUGCACGGUAUAGAAAUUCUCAGCCGAACAAGAGGGCCGCUUCUUAGCCGCAUUUGACUUUCUCCUGGGCCACAGGAAGACGAAGGAGCAGAUGGAGAUACUGAGAAACGGCAGCCACUUUGCUUCUCCCAGCUCACGAGGGUCCCUCAGGGGAGCCAGGCGCUCAGCCCAGCCGGGGAAACAACCAGACGGGGCAAGAGAGAGUUUGGCAGCCUGGCCCGGAGGCCCCGCCGCCCUACUGGACACAGCCUUCACCCCGGACCCCCAGAACGCAGGGAGGUGACCGUGUUCUGCAGCGCCACCGCCACCUUCUUGGAGGUCUUGCGCAGCAGCGGGCUGUCGGGGUGGCGCUCCUUGAGGUGCAGCACGUGGCCCUCCUGGCUCUCCGAGGUGCAGCCGCACUCCUCGCACACGUACAGCUUGGCGCGCCGCUCCUUGUACGCGUACUUCUGCUGCACGCCGUGGAUCUUCUUGAGCCUCAGACUGCUGAGCGAGGACACCCCCCCAAAGCCGGGGCCCCCCACCCCCACCCCCAUUCCGGGAGGACAGCAGCAGCGUCAGCUGACCUGGGCGCAGGGGUGACGGCCCACUGGCAGACAGGAAGCCCCUGCGUGAGACAGCCUCGCACCACGGCACCCCUGCUGCCCACCCCCAGGCCCGCGGAUCGGCUGGCACUGCCCAAAAGGAAGCCGGUGGCAGUGGCUGGCCGGCAGAGGUGGCGGCGCUGCAAACAGGCACACGGGAAGGCACCCACACGGACGCAAGGGGCGUCCAGCCCACACGGGGACGGGGCAGUGGGCUCUGGGCCGCGUCCAGGUGGAGAGCACCCCACACCUGCCCCCGGGAUGACCAUCUGGUGCGGCGGGCCCUGGGCCAGCGGGCGGGGCAGCAGCUGGGCGAGGCACCUGCGUGCAGCAUCCCGGGUGCCGAGGGCCACAUGUCCUCAGGGGCCCCAGGCCGGCCUGCUUGGCCUAUGUGCCUGGCCUGGACUGAGGGGGACCAGGCUUCCCCGAGAGGCGGAGCUGCAGGGCACCUUGCCGUGGGCUCCAGGCAGGGCAUCCGAAGUGGGGGGGGAAGCGCCCCCUUCCGGCUCUGCCGCUCCCCACAUCUCUGCCCGCUGUGGCCCCGGCUGCCCCCUUCCCCGUUUCUGGAAAUGACCGGGAACCCCCAAGGGGUACACACCUUCAGCGACCCCCUCCCAGAGGGCCUCCUGGCCCCACCGAGCCCCAGGCACCAAGGUCUGCCCCACCCCCAGACUGUGCGAGCAGCACAACAACACAACAAACCAAGAUGACAAGAGCCUCGGGUCCUGCCAGCCCUUGCUGCCAGCAGCCAGUGACCCCGCUGGCCAGGACUCGGAGCCUGGGAUGGGCAAGAUUCUAGAACUGGGCCCCAGGGGCUGGCGGGCUUCAGCCUGGGACGGUCCUUACAGAGGUGCUGGGGGUCUCAGAAGACCCCCCCGCAGGGAAGUCACACCUCAAACGCCUUCCUGUCCCCCCCUCUGCAGAGCGGGGUCAGGGCUUAGCUGGUCACAGCGUGCUGGGCUGGGAGUGAGGGAAACGUGUCCAGUCGGCUCCCGGGGUCACGCUCGGCUGGUGAUGGAAUGGCCCAGCCAAGGGACAGGCCACCACAAACACCACCCCCCGCCCCAGCCAGCGGAGGCACCCGAGCGUGGCCCCAGAACAUUCCCUCUCAUUUCCAAAACCUGUGGGAAAACAUCCUGGGGGCCGCGGGCUUUGGAGAGGCCGAGCCGAAUCCUUUGACUUCUCCCC